UUUGGCCGGCUCAGUAUCGGGAGAGGAAGAACACUUGGGAUGAUGUCCUGGCAUCUUCUUCUUGGGUUCAAAGUACUCCACGUCGCAAAACUAUUCUUAUAAUUUUUUGCGUCCCUGCUACUAUGAGUUAAUAUCCGCAUAUGUGUCAGUCCUUUACUGAAGUUCAUUAGUUGUUGCAUUAGUCGAGGGUCGAGCAAGAUAAGAUCUUUCUAAGUAUUCUCACUCUUGUCUUUCCGUAGCAGUAGUUCUAGGUCUAAGUUCUUCAGAAAGAGAAUCUGAGCUAAGCUCCGGGGCAACAGAGGGAAUGAGUUGAGUUCCAGGGACUUUGACUGUGAAGAAUUUAGAUACGCUUUUAGUUUUGGCCCGUAGCUGGCUCAGUAGCGGGAGAGGAAGAACACUUUUCGGAUAGGGAUGAUGAGUGAAUUGAAUUUGCCAUAUUAUGAAAGGCAGCUGCUCUUCUUCUUGGGUAAAAAGUACUCCACGUCGCAAAACUAUUCUUAUAAUUUUUUGCGUCCCUGCUACUAUGAGUUAAUAUCCCGAGUCAGUAGCAUAUGUUUCAGUCCUUUACUGAAGUUCAUUAGUUGUUGCAUUACAUUAGAAGCAUGAGAGUCAUUGGCAUGUAGCCCGACCUAUUGGGAUCUAGGUGAAAGGAGUGGUGAGGGACUAUGUUCAGGACUCUUUCCAAUAAGAGGAUCAAAAGCAAGGGCUGCUUCAACUCUACAUGGGACACCAGAACCAAGAACUCUUUCAGCAGCUUAGGCUUCAUAAGGCGUAAACGUGUUAACUCCUUUCUCAUUGACUGGAGCUCCCUUCUUGGAUUCCGAAUUAACUCAAUUGAACUCGGACCAUGAACUCCCCGCUUAAGAGCUAGCAAGAGGCAUUUGCGUCACUCUUUUACCGUACGAGCCCGAGGUAGGUCCGGUUCUUGUUCUCCUUGAGGGUGCUGCUGUUGUAUAAGCUUUUCUCCUCGAAUCCUUAAGGUGUAGCUCCGAUCAUUUAGGGUGCUGGUUGAGUGCCGAUAAAGCUCACUAAAGGAUCAAUAAACGGGCACGCACCAGCGUAUAUUAGUCAGAAGUGCAUCUCAAGCUCCAUCACUCUACGGGUUAGGGGAAGGGCAGCUUUUGAACGGGCACGGGUAUCAGCUUCAUAAUAUCAUGUAUCUUGUCCCUUAGGUUUUAUCCGAUCUGAAGAACUCUGUUAAGUCCCUCCCGUAUUCGCAUUCUCUUUAUUAAGGUGCGCAGCCGGCGAACUGAUCACUUAAUGAAUCUCUUUUCCCUGUCCCGAACUAGUAUAAUCAGGAAGAAUCUUUCCUCUCUAAGUCGCUCGAGCCACUCGGUCCUUCGUUCUUUCCUUCCUCUUAUGGCUCGGAAGGGGGGUCGAAAGGCGGGAUCAUAAUCUUAUAUUAAUUGCAAAUCCUCGGACUGCAGCGUACAAAGAGUGAGGAGUGAAGUCGGCACUGAAGCACUUCCGCUCAACUUAGCUUUAUAUCCUAAGGAUAAGGAAAGAGCUCCUCGGUGAACUGAACUCGAACCCUGUAGCGUACUGUUAGUUGAAUUAAUUAUCUCGCGAACUCUGACUUUGAGUUUCAGGUUUGAUCUCCUUGCCUCCACAUGGCACCAGCUCUUUAUAGUAAGCUGUAUGUACCUGCACCUGGAUGAAACAACUAAAUCAGUACUCGGCUCGGAAGGGUUUCAGGGUAAGUUCAAGAUGCCCAGGAAAUAUAUGCUACGGAUCAAAAGACCAGGAAGAGCCUAUAAAAGAUAGCUCUAUCAGACUCAGUAGGGACAGGGACAGAAUGAAAGCAUUAAGCAUAAGAUCACUCCAAUCUAUUCUGAAGUUAGCUGAAGAUUCGAAAAAAGCCAAUUAUGCGGUUUUCCAAAGAGUACUAAAAGGGAAUCUCUUUUUGACAAGGACAAUGUCUGGAUAAACACACGACCUAUAGAAGUGAUAGACUUGGGGACAAAAGAUGCAACUUUCUUCUUCAAGCUGCUAAAACUUGAUGAUGAGAAAGCCAAUGAGGAAGCAGUGAGUCAGUCCUCUACUGAGGGGGGGACCACUACUGUAUUAGAUCAACCCACUCAGUGGGUCAAAAGGAGAAAAAGAUUAGAAAGGGUGAGGGUCAAAAGGAGAAAAAGAUGGGGGAGAAGAAGCCAAGAAAGAAAAAGAAUAGGUCACACUCCCCCACAAUAGCACACCUCAACCGGAGGAGAUCAAGAAGUGCGAGGUUCUUGUCUUUAGUUAGCACUUUCUCUCCCUUUCGUUAUCUUCUGCCCCGGGUGGAUUAUCUGUGGCAAAAAAGAAUGAGCCUAUCUGUAAUCAAAAGGAGUCGCUAACUCGAAGAUCUUGAUAUGAAUUUCUUAUGAGAGGAAAAAGAUGUGAGUAAGGAUGAGAAAGAUGGACAGUGAGGCUUGCUACAUAACCAUAUAUCGUCGAAUUGCUCUGAAAUUCUCAGCUAUAUGGGGGACUUGGAUGGUGAGCAAAAACAAUUGAUCAAGAAGUUGGUAAACGAUCGCAUGAUCUCAGGUAAAAGAACGAGAGUUCGUGCUAUUUUAUAUAAAACUUUGAAUCGCCCAGCUCGAACUGAACGCGAUGUAAUCAAACUUAUGGUUGAGUCCGUAGAUAAUAUAAAGCCAAUAUGCGAAGUGGUGAAAGUAGGAGUCGCAGGUACUCUUUAUGAUGUCCCAGGGAUUGUAGCCAGGGAUCGUCAACAAAGCUUAGCUAUUCGUUGGAUGCUUGGAGCAGCUUUCAAACGUAGUAUAAGCUACAGGAUAAGCUUAGAGAAAAGUUUAUUUGCUGAGAUACUUGAUGCUUACCGAAAGAGGGGAAUUGCACGUAAGAGAAGAGAGAAGAAUCAUGGACAGGCUUCCGCCAAUAGAAGUUUCGCGCAUUUCAGAUGGUGGUAAAGUGAUCCACAAGAGGUUCCUUCUACUUGAUGAAAGACUCAGACUGCCGAGGAAAAGAGAAAGAUGCUCCUACCGAUAGCAGGGAAUGAGACUACUACUAGCGGGACCAAGUUGAAAGAGAAAGAUCACUGGCAUGUGGUGAACCAUACCGAGAUAAAGCAAGGAACGAGUGAGAACGACGGGGCAGACUAGAAAGACUGGAUAGGCUCUAGCGCGAGAGAGACAUGUUCCAGGACGGAGCCGUAUGACGCGAGAGUCUCACGUACGGUUCCUUUGAGAAGGGUGUGAGACCACCACCUAUCAGGCCCGACGAGCGGUCCACGGAGCUGCAUCCCUACUCAACCGGUCCAUGCACAUCGCUCUCUCCAGGAGGUUGGCCGCCUAUCCUAGAUCUUCCCAUUUCCAAGAAGAUCCCCGGCUCGAUCUGGUUGAGUAUCAAGGUUCUUCUCUUUCUGUUCCUAUAUAUAUGGGUCCGUGCAGCAUUUCCACGAUAUCGUUAUGAUCAAUUAAUGGGACUUGGCCGGAAAGUGUUCUUGCCUCUAUCAUUAGCUCGGGUAGUCCCCGUUUCAGGUCUUUCAGUCACCUUUCGAUGGCUCCCUUAAUGUCUUUGCCAGGAAGGAAGAAGCGGGCUACUCCCCGAAAAUGCCCCGCCGUCGUUGGGGAUUCAU